AUGAAGUUCACAAUCGCUGCCGCGGCCUCAUUCGUUGCCCUCGCCACCGCUCUCCCUCAAGUAGCUUCAUUCGACUGCGCAUCAGCCUCAUAUCCGGGCGAGUCUGGCUGUGGUGCCGCGCCAACCACCACCUUCGACUGUGCUUCAGCCUCCUACCCAGGAGAGUCAGGCUGUGGCGCCGCUCCCGUCACCACCACAACCUCCAGCAGCUUCGACUGCGCCAAGGCAUCCUACCCGGGCGAGUCCGGCUGCGGUGCCGCUCCCACCACCACCACAACAUUUGACUGCGCAAAGGCCAGCUACCCCGGCGAGUCAGGCUGCGGCAUCCUACCCAGCGAGUCUGGCUGCGGUGCCGCGCCCGUGACUUCGACCACAUCAUCAAAGUCUAUGUCAGGCUCCGUCACAAGCUCCAAGCCUAUGCCACCCCCACCAACAGCCCCAGUUUCCCACACAACAGUGAUCUCGGGCUCGACUACGGUGGUACCCGCUAGCACUACCCCAUCGACAUACACUGGUGCUGCUGCGCAGGCAACUGUUGCGGCACAGUUCCUUGGCGGUGUCCUGGCGGCUGGCGCUUUCUUCUUGUAA